AUGAGCAUCAGCGUCAGUCGCGAGUCCAUCUCGAAGCUCAUGGGCGAACUAGUGGACACGUUCCCCAUGGAGGCCGAAGGCCGGUCGUCCAUUUCGGACUUUGGCAAGUUGCUCUUCACCGAAGGACAGAGCCUCACGAGCAGCGGCAGUAGUGGCGCUGUCGCGCAUGGCGAGACGCACAGCGGCAGCAACCGCAAAAACAGUCGGCGGAACUCGGGCGGGGCCGUGAAAGCCAGUGCAGCGUCCCCAGGUCCGAUCGGUGCGACAGGCAGCAAGCGCGUGUUCACCGAGAUCAAAGGCAUUCCGCGUCAAAAGCAGCACGAUAUUAUGAAGACAAAGGAUAAGGCAGUGCCAAAGCGCUGGACGCAAGAGGAGGACGACCGACUGCGGGAAGCGGUGGGACGACAUGGAGAGCGCAAUUGGAAGUCCAUUGCCGAGGAAGUGCCGGGUCGGAACCACACGCAGUGUCUCCAGCGCUGGACGAAAGUGCUUGCGCCUGGACUAGUGAAAGGCCAUUGGCGUCCCGAUGAAGACGAGCUGCUGAAGGAGUUGGUCGCGGAAGGCCGCAAGAACUGGGGACAAGUGGCAACGCGCAUUCCUGGCCGAACAUCGAAACAGUGCCGCGAGCGCUGGUACAACCACCUCGAUCCGAGCAUCAUCCGAGGUGAGUACACAGUGGAAGAAGACCGGAUGAUCCUGGAUGCACAGGCCCGUCUGGGUAAUCGCUGGUCGGCCAUUGCUGCGAUGCUGCCUGGACGUACAGAAGACGCGGUCAAAAUCCGCUGGAAAUCGCUCUGUCGCGUGCGUAAAGGACAAGGACGUCGUGGACAGGCUGAUAAGAACAAAAUCAGCCCCAGGGCUGCAAUAAUGGGGUUGCCUGGACCCAUGCUUCACCAUGGUGGCGCGGACUUUGACGAAACUGUCGUCAAAAGUGAAGAAGUCGCUGGUUAUUCGAUGCACUCGCAGCAGCAUCAAGGCGUGCACAUGGUUCGCCUCCCGACCGGCCAAAUGGUGCCAGCAUCGAGCAUGCAAUCGGGUGGUCGACAUGGCCACCAGAAUCACCAGAUCAUGGUGGGCGGAAACGGCAUGAUGUAUCCGCCCGGUGCGAGUGGCGGCGGUGGGUAUGAUCCUACCAUGGCGCACUACAGGAAGCCUCCUAUGCAGCAACACGUGCUGAACGGUAGCUUUGACCACGUCGCGUUGCCGCCUACAGGAUCUAUGACAGGCAAUCACGCGCAGAACUUGCAGGCCGAGCGCCGAUCGAAUAUAAAUUACUCGGUCGAGCGGCGGUCGGACGUGGAGUAUUCCGAGCAUCGACCUGACAUGGAUUACUCGGUAGAUCGCCGGACUGCUAUACCGUCUAGCAACGUGGCAGCAUCUCCGCAGUCUCGAAACGGAUAUCGCCAGGGGUACUCAGGUCCUUCUUCGACUUAUGCGUCCAGCAUGAACAACGGGAUGUAUUCGACGACGGGACCAUUGAGACCCUUGAACAAUGGGCAGAUCUAUGGUAGCGCACAGCAGCUGGAUACGUAUCGGCCUGGGGCGAUAUUCGGUACGCCAGCGUCGUCGCACGAGCCCCAGCAGAUGCACCCGUUACAGCCGCAAAUGAUGCCGUACAACUACGGGAUACAGUCGGGCACAAGCUCGACCGAGGGCAUGCAUGCAGAGUCUUCAGCAAACCACUCGAUGUUGUCGGUGAACAAUGGGAUGAGCAACCCUGUGGCUACGUUCGCCCAGCAACAGCAUCGACAGCGGGAGCCUCACCAGUACUCGGACACCUCGGUGCCAAUGCCUCACCCUAACAGUCAGCAGCAGCAGCUUCACCGUCCCGCCCAGCAUUAUGCUCGUCUGCACGAUCAAGACCAGCAAAAUGCCGAAAAGGAGUCACCCGAGCCAUAUCAAAAUCACGUCGAGCAGUCGGGUACGAAUGAAGAAGAACACGUAGAAUAUGAAUCGACACCCGGGUUCCCGCCUACAUCUUCCGGCCAGGCGAUAUCGAACCCAGCCGCAAUGUUCGCCCACAGCCAAGCCGCCGCGGCACCUCCUACAGCUGGCGGUGGCAAUCCAGUGGCUGCGUUUUUGCGCAUGCAGCACCACCAGAAAGACAAGGAACAGCUUAGCAGCGCUAGCAAGGUGGCUCAGGCAGGUUUGCAGAGACCGUAUAACCCAGCUGCGGCAUUUGUUCAGCGAUUUCAAGCCGGCCAAAAAGUGCCGAUGCCUCGUGUCAAUUGCGCAAGCUUUUCUAAACCCGGCGAGGAUGUGUCGCACGAAAAUGAUGACGGUGAGAGUGGCCCGGGAUACAGAUCAAACGAGCCUUCAUUUAAGAAGGUGAAGCCAAGACUGAGUAUUGAUGCUGCUCGAGCUUCAGCUGCUCGUCGGAUACGCAACUCAGGCAGCGGGGGUAGUUUGGCUGGCCGCGGAAGUCUGGAUGUAUUUUUGAACGAGAUUGGUGACGUCGGCCGGUUAUCAGACUUGAAGAUGGACGAAUUCCAGACGCUGGAAGAGUUGUGGCGGGUCUCAGGCGACAUGGACCGGCUGUCGUUAUGA